CCCCUCUUCCACUUCUGCUCCUCCUGCUCCUGCGCCCCCCCUCCCCUCCGCCUCCGGCUUCCCCGGGGUUUUGCAGCGGGGCAGCGCGGCUGGAUGCCCAGGCUCCCGCGAGGAGGGCGCGCUGGGGGCUUCUUGCAUGGGGGGGUGCGGGGGGAACAGGCCGGUGCUACAUUGUUUCCGAACCAUUCCUCCUGAGACCCACGUCCCGCUCCGCAGCCCAAGAUGAUGAAGUUUCGGUUCAGGCGGCAGGGUAACGACCCCCAGAGGGAGAAGAUCAAACAGGAUCUCUUUGCGUUUAACAAGACCGUGGAACAUGGAUUCCCCAACCAGCCCAGCUCUCUGGCUUACGACCCCAAGCUUCGCAUCAUGGCCAUUGGUACAAAGUCUGGAGCAGUCAAAAUAUAUGGGGCCCCUGGUGUGGAGUUCACGGGUUUACAUAAGGAGACAGCCACGGUCACACAGAUGCACUUUUUGCCUGGCCAGGGCCAGCUCCUCACCUUGCUAGAUGACAACACCCUCCACCUUUGGGGGAUCUUUCAGAAGGAUGGCUACUCCCACUUGGAGGAGACCCACAGCUUCCUCCUGCCGGGCCGCCCAGGGUUUGACAGUGCUAACUCCCCUCCCAGCAUCACCCGGGUGACAGUGAUCUUGCUGAAGUCAGCCUGCAACAUGGCCUGCUUGGGCACUGAAGGAGGCGGCAUCUACUUCCUCAAUCCCACCAGCCUUGCCUUGCUAGAUGAUCAGACUCUCUACCAGGAUGAGGUCCUACAGAGUGUGCCAGAUGAUUAUAGGUGUGGGAAGACCCUGGGGCCAGUGGAAUCCCUACAGGAACAUCCUCAGGACCCCUCCAAGAUUCUCAUUGGCUACAGCCGGGGCCUGGUUGUCAUCUGGGACCAGAGCACAAGGCAUAUUGACCACCUUUUCUUGGGAAAUCAGCAACUGGAGAGCCUUGCCUGGGAACGCAGCGGCAGCAUCCUUGUGAGCUCCCACAGCGAUGGCAGCUACAUGAUCUGGUCUGUGAGUGACGACAGUGCCUGGACCCUCCAGCCCACCACCUCCACUGUCCCCUAUGGUCCUUUUCCCUGCAAAGCCAUCAACAAAAUCCUUUGGCGCACCUGUGAGUCUGGGAACCACUUUAUCAUCUUCAGUGGGGGGAUGCCUCGGGCUAGCUACGGCGACAGACACUGCGUGACAGUGCUGCAGGGCCAGACACUGGUCACUCUAGACUUCACCUCCCGGGUGAUUGACUUCUUCACCGUGUACAACACCGAGCCCAAGGAUGAGUAUGACAACCCCAGUGCCCUGGUGGUGCUGGUCGAGGAGGAGCUGGUGGUGAUUGACCUGCAGACUCCUGGAUGGCCCACCGUGCCAGCCCCGUACCUGGCCCCCCUCCACUCCUCAGCCAUCACCUGCUCCUACCAUAUUUCCAACGUCCCCCUCAAGCUCUGGGAGAGGAUCCUAAGUGUGGGCAAGCGGCAGAGCCCCCAGCUUGCUUCAAUGAACUGGCCCAUCAACGGAGGGAAGAACUUAGCUCAAGAGCCUACCCAGAGGGGACUCCUCCUGACCGGCCAUGAGGACGGGACAGUACGGUUCUGGGAUGCCUCGGGAGUGUCGCUGAGACCGCUCUACAAACUGGGCACGGCCAAUAUCUUCCAGACGGACUGCGAGCAUGCAGACAGCCUCAACCAGGCCAGCGAGGAGGAGUGGCCCCCUUUCCACAAGGUGGGGUGUUUUGACCCCUACAGUGAUGACCCCCGGCUUGGUAUUCAGAAGAUCUCACUCUGUAAAUACACAGCCAAGAUGGUGGUGGCAGGCACAGCUGGGCAGGUGCUUGUCAUGGAGCUGAGGGAUGAGAAGUCGGAGCACCAGGUCAGUGUUGCCACCAUGGACCUGUUACAGGACCGAGAAGGCUUCACCUGGAAGGGUCAUGACCAGCUGAGCUCCAAGAAGGGCUUGCUGGCCUUUCCCCCAGGCUUCCAGCCAGUCGUGCUGGUGCAGUGCCUGCCCCCGGCCGCAGUGACAGCGGUCACCCUGCAUUCCGAGUGGAACCUUGUAGCCUUUGGGACCAGCCAUGGUUUUGGACUCUUUGACUAUCACCGCCGGAAUCCGGUGCUAGCCAGGUGCACCCUUCAUCCCAACGACUCCCUAGCCAUGGAGGGACCCCUGUCCAGGGUCAAGUCUCUGAAGAAGUCCUUGAGACAGUCAUUCCGGCGAAUUCGUAAGAGUCGUGUCUCUGGCAAGAAGCGGACCAACCCAAAUAGCCCCAAUAGCAAGGUGCAGGAAGCCAAUGCCCAGCUGGCCGAGCAGGCCUGUCCUCACGAUGUGGAGAUGACACCUGUGCAGCGGCGAAUCGAGCCCCGAUCGGCAGAUGACUCACUCUCAGGCGUGGUGCGCUGUCUCUACUUUGCCGACACUUUCCUCCGGGAUGCUACUCACCAUGGCCCGACCAUGUGGGCAGGCACCAACUCGGGGUCGGUAUUUGCUUAUGCCCUGGAAGUACCAUCCCUGGAGAAGUUCUCUGAGCGAGCGGUGGAGGCAGUCCUGGGCAAGGAGGUGCAGUUGAUGCACCGGGCCCCGGUGGUCUCCAUUGCUGUACUGGAUGGGCGAGGCAGUCCUCUGCCUGAGCCCUAUGAAGUGUCCCGAGACCUGGCCAAGGCCCCGGACAUGCAGGGAAGCCACUCCGUGCUUAUCUCUUCUGAGGAACAAUUCAAGGUGUUUACAUUGCCCAAGGUCAGUGCCAAGACAAAGUUCAAGCUCACGGCCCACGAGGGCUGCCGGGUACGGAAGGUGGCCCUGGUCACCUUCACCAGCGUGGCCUUUGAGGACUACACAGAGAACUGCCUGGCCUGCCUCACCAACCUUGGUGACAUCCACGUCUUCGCCGUGCCAUCCCUUAGGCCUCAGGUGCACUACGACUGCAUUCGCAAGGAGGACAUCAGUGGCAUCGCUUCCUGUGUCUUCACAAAGUAUGGGCAAGGCUUCUACUUGAUCUCCCCUUCGGAGUUUGAGCGAUUUUCCCUGAGUGCCAGGAACAUCACAGAACCUUUGUGCUCCCUAGAUUUCAUCCGACCUCAUGAUACCAUCUGUGUCAGCAAUGAUUACAAAGGAUCGCCCAAGCUGAGCCAGGCCAAUGGAACCCACGUGCUGCCAGUGUCUGAGGGGAACCAUUCCUUUGUUGAUGGAGCUGGAACCCCAGAGCAUUCCCAGGCUGCCCUCUCCCCAGCCUCCAUAGACUCUCCCAACAGCACAGAAAACACGCUGGACAGCACAGGUGACAUCACCGUGGAAGAAGUGAAGGAUUUCUUGAGCUCUUCAGAGGAAGCAGAAAAAAAUUUGAGAAACAUAGCAGAGGAUGAUGCCCGAUCUCCAGGAAUCCUGAUCAAAUAAGGACAGAUGCUGUCGCCUGUGCCUCAGGCACGGAGCCCAGUGAUGAGGAUCAGAACCCACGGCCCAGCCAGGGGCCCAGCAGUUCACGCACACCUGCCCUGUGUCCAUCGGAUACUGUCCCUGUAACAUAGGCUUGUACCUUCUAACUGGCAGGGCAGAGCAGCAGUGCCCUGGAUCCCCAUAACCCCUGCCCACCCUCCUUCUGGUCCCCUGAAACGACACUAAGAAGCAGCUUCUCUUGGGGGUAAGGAGAGGCGGGGGAGGACAGCAGGAACCAAG